UGACUGCAUUUAAAAUAGUGUAUAUGAUAUGACACACCUUAACGUUUGCCGUAAUUGAAUGGAUGAAUAAUUUAGAAGAAAUACUUCUUACAUGUUAUGGUAUAUCUAAUCUUAAUUCACAGCAAUGAUAAUCUCAACACUCAUUGUAGGCGUUAAAGAUUGAGACCAUUAGCCGAUAGGACGGGCAUAAAGUGUUUAUCACUUAACUGAUACUUGAAUGUAUCAAAAAUAAUUAUAAACCGGUGGAAGGGUUGGCACAAAGUCUAACUAUUAUGAUGAACACAACACCCAUUUGGACGGCUCAAGACAUACAAGGGAUUCAAUCACCGUUAAACAGUUCCAUACAAUUGCCUACAUUUAAGGUCAAUGUGGACACGGAAUCGGUGCGAUCGGGUUAUAGUGACCGUUCAAAGAGGAGUAGGGGUCACGCAUCACAUAGUGUGACCCAUAGUGCCAGCAAUAAUGUACUGAUAGGCAACCAUAUGAAUCAUGUGAAUCAUAUGAAUAACCAUUUGUCUGGCAAUCAUAUCAAUCAUGUGAAUCAUAUUAAUAACAAUCACAGUCUUUAUGGUAACCAUAAUAGCCAUCGCUCUCAUAAUCACACAUCAGGUCAUCAYUCGUACAGAAGUUCCAGUCGUCACUCACAUCGGUCGACACGUAGUGACCGGGCGUUUGUCAGCAAAUUGGAGUCACCCGAUGAAAGACAUGAGGGUCGACCUGAAGUGAUUGAAGUGCAAAUAUUACCUCAAGAUGACAACUGGGGCGACAACACAACUGCCAUCACUGGUAAUACCAGUGAUCACUCGGUGUCUGCUGAAGAUAUCAAUAAAAUAGGUAAAGACUUGUGGAGAGAACAAAGUUUUUUAUUUCGGUGUCAAAUGUGGUCGGGAAGUGUAGUGACGGCUUUCCUAUCAUUUUGUGCCUUUAUAUCACCCAUUUUGAUGGUAGUGUUGCCAAAAGUGGAUGCACUGGAGUGGAAAACCCUUGAAUGCGGUCCUGAAUGUGAUGGACUGUUGAUUAGUUUUGCAUUUAAACUAUUGAUAUUAUUAGUGGGCAGUUGGGCUAUAUUUGUGCGCAAACCACGUGCAACAAUGCCACGUAUUUUCGUCUACCGGGCUGUUGUGAUGGCUCUAGUAUUUGUAUUUAUAGUGUCUUAUUGGCUCUUCUAUUUGGUCAGAAUUGCUGAAAAACGUUUCAAUGACUACGAUUUGGUCAGUUAUCAUAGUAUAGUCCAGUUCGCUGUAUCACUUGUGGACGCCUUACUAUUUAUUCAUUAUUUAGCAGUUGUACUCAUAGAGAUCCGACACUUGCAGCCCCAGUAUUACAUCAAAGUAGUCCGAUCUCCUGAUGGUAAGAGCCGUAGCUAUAAUAGCGGUCAGUUAAGCAUACAAAGAGCUGCCGUUUGGAUACUUGAGAAGUACUACAAGGACUUUGAUAUAUAUAACCCAUACUUGGAAUCACUUCCCUCAAGAAAGAGUCGCAAAUCUAGUGUUAACUCUAAUCAUAUAAAUUCAACGACAGCUGCCAUCAAAUACUAUGAUAUUGAAGGCAUUACUAGUGCUCCUAAUAAUAAUUCACAAUCUUUAGCUGGUUCCACAUCAAUGGGCAUUAAUAUGACAAACAAUAACCGAUUUAUGAAUGGUAUCAAUGGUAACAGUGACCUCAGGAAUAGGAGGGAUCGAGACAGGGAUAGGGGCGACACAUCUAGUCAUCAUCACAGCCAUCAUCACCACAACGAGCGCUUCUAUGAAGAACACGAAUAUGAAAGAAGAGUUAGAAAAAGGAGGGCAAGACUUAUCACCGCAACUGAAGACGCCUUUACGCAUAUCAAGAGAGUACAAGAAGACAGAGGUCCGGCCAUUCCUAUGGAUCCGAAAGAAGCGGCUCAGUCUAUAUUCCCAUCUCUGGUGCGAUCGUUACAGAAGUAUUUGCGGAUCACUCGACAACAACCGCGUCAUUCAAUGCAAUCCAUAUUAGAUCACUUGGCUCUCUGUCUGAGCUUUGAUUUGAGUCCCAAAGCAUUUCUCGAGAAAUAUCUUGUGUCGAGUCCUGUACUUCAGUCGGAUAACGAACGCAAACCAUUACAGACCUGGAGUUUAGUCUGUGAUAUAAUGCUGUCGAGAAAGAUUCAAACGGGAACUGUAUUUAUGUUAAGACAGGGAGAUAUCUCACUAUUGGUAUCUGUCCACGAGUUACCACACUUUAAUAUUGUUGAAGAAGUUAUUGAUCCCAAGUCUAAUAAAUUUGUCUUUCGUUUAAACUCCGAAACCUCUGUUUAGUUAAUACAUAAGGAAUUUAAUAAUAAGUAAUAUUAAAUAAUUAAAUAUGAUG